AACCAACCAACAUAACAGGCGGCCUCUCGCUCUCUCUCCCGCCGCGGCUCGUGAGCCAAGUCAUUCCGUCCGUCCCUCCAUCGCCACGCCCGUGAUCCCCAUAACGCUAUCUCCUCCGGAAUUUAUAGCCCCCCUCCCCCUGGCCGGUUGCUAGUUAUUGUGGGCAGCGCGACCGUGCCCACAGCCACCGGCCACGGCCACUGCAACCGCGCGCGGCUGGCAUUGCGGUCAGACGACGAUGGCGACGGCGCGGCUCGUGCUCCUCUGCUGCUGCGUCGCCGCGGCGCUUCUCGCCGCGUCGUGCGGCGGGGUGGCGGCCGGGGGCAGGCACGGGCCGAAGCGGCACACGCACACCCGGCGCCUGCGGCCGGGGAAGGGCGGCGCGGCGGCGGCGGCGGGGGCGGCCGCGAAGCCGUACCCGGUGAACGCGACGCGGGUGGAGGCGAUCGAGCGGCAGUUCACGCGGUGGGUGCGCUUCAUGGGCGCGCCGGGCCACAGCAGCUACAACCGGGCGCUCAACCGCGCAAUCCUGCCCGCCCGAACGCUCGUCGUCGACAAGACCCCCGGCGCCGGCGACUUCACGUCCAUCCAGGCCGCCGUCGACUCGCUCCCGCUCAUCAACCUCGCCCGCGUCGUCAUCAAGGUCAACGCCGGCACGUACACGGAGAAGGUGAACAUAUCGCCGAUGCGUGCGUUCGUCACCGUGGAGGGCGCCGGCGCCGACAAGACGGUGGUGCAGUGGGGCGACACGGCGGACACGGUCGGGUCCUGGGGCAGGGCCAUGGGCACGUUCGGCUCCGCCACGUUCGCCGUGAACUCGAUGUUCUUCGUCGCCAAGAACAUCACCUUCAAGAACACGGCCCCCAUGCCGAAGCCCGGCGCGCUGGGCAAGCAGGGCGUCGCGCUGCGGAUAUCGGCGGACAACGCGGCGUUCGUGGGGUGCAACUUCCUGGGCGCGCAGGACACGCUGUACGACCACCUGGGCCGGCACUACUACAGGGACUGCUACAUCGAGGGCUCCAUCGACUUCAUCUUCGGCAACGCGCUCUCCCUCUACGAGGGGUGCCAUGUGCACGCGAUCGCGCGGAACUACGGGGCGCUGACGGCGCAGAACAGGCAGAGCCUGCUGGAGGACACGGGGUUCUCGUUCGUGAACUGCCGGGUGACGGGGUCCGGGGCGCUCUACCUGGGCCGCGCCUGGGGCACCUUCUCCCGGGUCGUCUUCGCCUACACCUACAUGGACAACAUCAUCAUCCCGCGCGGAUGGUACAACUGGGGCGACCCAACCCGGGAGAUGACGGUGUUCUACGGGCAGUACAAGUGCACGGGGCCGGGCGCCAACUACGCCGGCCGGGUGCAGUGGUCGCGGGAGCUCACCGACGAGGAGGCCAAGCCCUUCAUCUCGCUCGACUUCAUCGACGGGCUCGAGUGGCUCAAGUUGUAGCACGGGAGGAACUCAUUGACACGCCAUGACUUUGAUUGUUGUGAAGAGAAAAGAACAGAACGCAAAUACUAAUUCCACAUUGCUGCCAUUGCACGAGCUUUUGAUGUCCCCUGCAAUCUCCUUUUCGGUCUCGCCGUCUCGGUUCUCUCCAUUUGCCCCCAUGCUUGCUGCUACACGAGCGGGCCUUUGUGGGCUAAGGCCCAAUAAAAGUAUUGGCCCACGGAAGUUUUUCGAGUCACAUACCUGCAUGGGCCUAUGCCAGCCUUCUUCACCGACCAGGCCCGAAAGCUUUAGCCGUGUAUUAUGAAUGCAUUUGCAGCCCAGUCCAUCAUUGGAGCAAUCACUGCAGUUGCUGCAGGUCUGCAACCAAAAGAUCCAGUAAAACCCUUUCCGCACUACUGCUCGCACUCUCUCGACCUUUCCUCCCCCUUUCUACCGUACACAAGGGCGGCGCAAGGGCGAUUCCGAUCCCGGCGUCGAUCUCGCCGGCUCCUCAUCAUGUACGGCGACCGACCUAGUGCCGGAGGUGGAGAGGAGCCGCGGGAUCGAUGGCCGGUGUACAUACCCUCUUCUUAUCUAGUUAGGUUAGGGUUAGGUUUCCUCGCUUCGUCGACGGCGAGGCAGAGGUUAGUUUAUCCCGGUGGCUUUGACUUCCGGCUACCGGUGAUUUUGUCCCUCUAGAUCAUCUCCGGCGACUGCGGCGGUGGCGACGCGUCUUGCGAAGAUGAAUCCGUGAGGUAUGCCUACUCCCACCUUGAGAAAUCGGGUUGGAGUCUCCUUUUUGGGGUUGUUUCGACGUCGUUUGCUUCGGGGUCGCCGGCAGUGCUUGCGGCUGCAGAUCCUGAUUCUCUCGGCGAUGAUAUGGCCGAUGGCCAUUUUGGUUUGCUUGGCCUUCAACGAUCCAAGUGCGCUUCGGAGUGUUCGGUGCGCCAAUUGAUGUAGCGUUAAAGUUUUAUGUGGCUUCUUUGGAAGCUUCUACGUCGAGGUUGGAACCGGCUUUAAGUUUCAAGCUCGGCGGACCUCUCUUCCAGGGGCGGCGCGUUGGGUGGUGGCUCCGGUUGCCGGCAUCGAAGAUGACCAGGAGAACCUUGCAAGGACUUGGUUGUAAUUUUUUAUUUUUAUCAGGGAUUCCUUUGUAAGGAUAUGUGUGUAACUUUUCAUAUAAAUAAAUGAAAUGCAACCCGGUUUUCUAAAAAAAA